CUGAUGUCAUAAGGCAGAAAGGGAGGCUGGGAUAACGGUGGGCACACGGGUGGAAAGCAAAACAAUAACGCUACCGCUUUACCGUUCACACAGGGAAUAAUAACGGCUGUUUAGGGGUUAAUUACGCUGCCUUAAAUACAUUCUCCUCAGUGUGGUCCGUAGAGGAAGAGGAGGAGGAAGAGGAAGUUAACGGACAGAAGGACCAGAUGCUAUUCCAGCGGAGAACGGGCUCGAAUAAGCAAGACACGGUGAUGGGUUAUCCUGACGGCUAACCUUCGCUUGAAACACGGAUACUGCGAAGAGAGGGGGACCUGUUUGCUUCUUCUCAACCUCGCUGUGUGUGUGUGUGUUUGACAUUGUGUCUGAAAUGCUAGCACAGUUGCGGUGUUGGCCGUCGAGCAGCUUCUGGGCCGCAGCUCGGCACACCGAGCCCGAAUCUGGGAACUAGCUAGCUAGCUCUGUGCUAGCCGCAGCUGUACCCGAUGCUGCUGUUGCUGCUGCUGCUAAACGGAUCCACACAAGAGGUUCGGGGCCCCGGCGCUGAGUGAGCUAUUGUUUUAUCUUACUGGACUACAUCGGGCAUUUGAGAUGUGAUGCUUUUGUGCGUCGUUUUUGAGCCGUUUGUAGCUGGAGGCUCUUGCUUGCUUGAGGAGCUAACGUUGCUGCAAAAUGCAGAGCAGAACCACAGGCUCCUGUUGAAGGGGGCGAGGUUAGACUGAUAACAGCCCACCCUGUGUCUCUCUACACUCGGGGUCACAUUUGGACAACGACCACAUUUUUUCCACGUCAUUCACUGCUUCCUCAUCUGGAGAUAUGGAUAAACUCACGAUCAUUUCAGGGUGCCUCUUUUUGGCAGCAGAUAUCUUUGCAAUAGCCAGCAUUGCAAACCCAGACUGGAUCAACACUGGUGAAUCAGCAGGUGCCCUCACAGUCGGUCUGGUCCGGCAGUGUCAGACCAUCCACGGGCGAGACCGGACCUGUAUCCCCCCCCGGCUGCCCCCGGAGUGGGUCACCACACUGUUCUUCAUCAUCAUGGGCAUCAUCUCCCUCACAGUCACCUGUGGACUGCUCGUGGCAUCACACUGGCGCCGAGAAGCCACCAAAUACGCUCGAUGGAUCGCCUUUACUGGCAUGAUCCUGUUCUGCAUGGCGGCGCUCAUCUUCCCCAUAGGCUUCUAUAUCAACGAGGUGGGGGGGCAGCCGUACAAGCUUCCCAACAACACGGUGGUGGGCUCCUCGUACGUGCUCUUUGUCCUCUCCAUCUUCUUCACCAUAGUGGGACUUCUGUUUGCCGGCAAAGUCUGCCUCCCAGGCUGAGGACUGCACGGCGCCCGCCUCUGGACUGACACACGAGGCUCUGAAAAUGUUACGGGAUUUACAAAAACACAAUGACUGAAAAUUAAGAACAACAAACUCUGGCUAAAAGCCUGACACAGGGAAGUCUUUGAUUUUGUGUCAAGGGACCGCAGCACCACGGAGUAUCUAACGAACAAAAAGACUAAAAGAGGCGACAUGGACACAAUAGGGUGGAGGAGAGAGAGAGGGAGAGGGAGAGAGAGAGAGAGAGAGGGCGGCAGAGGCUGCUGCAGCACCCUGCCACUGUUGAUUUAAAAUAUGGCCAUCUCUGUUGUUGUUCUGUUGGAAGAGGGUGCUUAAUGUGCUGCUGUCAUGGCAACUGCGGUCACAAUGCUGGCGCCCAUUUCUUGAGGACCACUCCUCCCCUCGCCCGGCCGCCCGCUGCAGCGCCCUCAGCACACACCCGCGCCGUCACGACUGCUCCCGAUGCUAUUUUUGGCUCCUCUUAACUAUUUCUGUUGCGUGUUGUUUUGUUUUUGUACAUUUUGUGUUCUCGUUUUGUUUGUUUUUCCUUCCAACCUCUGCCGCCUUUUCACUUAAGUAGCUUGAGUGUUAUUGAGGCUCACUGAGCUGAGUCUUUGAGGGUCGUUUUUUGUUGCCAGCUUGGCUUUAGAGCAGGGUUUAUUCUCGCCCACCACUUCCCGAGGCCCCAGGUGUGCGGCUGGGCUGAGCAGCUGUGAGCGCAGCUGUCUGCUGUGGAUGAGAGGGGGGGCAGGUCUGAGAGGGGGGGGGGGGGGGCAGGUCUGCCGCCUCUCAGGCUCCCACCAGCUGCAGCUCAGGAGCAGGUAGCAGUGUAGGGCCACCCCCCCCCCCCGGGCCGCAGACGGGAGGGCGAGUAAUGUAAAGGAGAAUGCCACUCAAUGGAUGACCUAGCAUUUUGUUUAUCUGUACGCUCGGCAACAGAGUAUUAGUAAGCUUAACCCGUGACACGGAUAAACAUCUUUGCCAAUAACUAGAAAAACUGUGCAUUUAGAAAAGGAUCAUCUGAAUAUAAAGACAACUCUUGUAUUUGUUGUAAUGAUUCUGUUAAACACGACCACAAGCACAGUGGCUUUUUCAAAGUAGAGUAUUGCAUCACUGUGGUGUUACAUUUUAGAAGGGUAGAGAUGACCUUGUAUAUCACUAAUUGUAGCAGACAGUAUGGACUUUAUAUGAAUAGAAGAUAAAGUUGAAAAUAACAUAAGCGAAUCAUGGCAAUUGGUGGUAUUCUCCUUUUUUAAUGUUGGACAGGAAGGAAGCGAGCCAGGAGCUUUUUUUGUCUUGUGGAGGCACAGGGACUGCAGGUCAGGUCCAUGGGGCUGGGCCUCAGGGUGCUCCGUUUGAGGUCUGUGAUUGUAAAACACACACACACACACACACACACACACACACACACACACUUACACUUGUCUGUAUACUGUAUAUAUGCAGCAACAAACUAUUAUUUUUCAUUUCGUAAUGCUUCAUUCAUUUUCAUGCAACAGCUUUUAACUUAACAAACACAGACACGGAGGUGCAGAUUACUGUGACCCUCAAAAGUCAAACUUGGUCCCACAACUCUUCCCCUGCUUUAUCAAGAGCACCAACAUUUUUCAGCUAACUCGCCUUUAUCAAGGUGGUCUCUAAGGUUUAUUUUUUCUUGUUCUAAGCCAUAGUCAUGCUCGUAAGAACUACAAAUCCCAUGACUUGUAGGCUCUAGGGGAUGUCAACAUAAAGUACAGUGUUGCCAUGGAUGCAGUGAGUUAUGCUGUGAACUACAGGUUAAGAUGUACUUUAAUUUGUACAUAUAUUUGUUCACAUGGUGACAAAUUGGCCAUAUUUAAGUAUUGGUUACUAGGAUACCAGUUUAGCUAGCCUUUUACCGACUUCGGUAGUUCAUCUAAUUUUUCAAACUGGUUAUUCAAAAUCCUGUAGACCCAAAUUACAUUAAACCAAUAUUUCUGAAAACAGUUUGAUUUAUAAAUAUCAAAAGUCCAUCUACGGUUAACAUCCUUCAACUAUCCCUCCCUAUCAAAAUAGCUGCAGGUGUUUUUGGUUUUUCGAUUGCACCUCCACAUAUAUGUACAAAAGUACACUUAUAAGCUUAUACUUUACGUAUUCACACUUAUAACAACUUUUAGGAGCAUAGAAUCUACUGACCCUCUGUGUGUGUGUGUGUGUGUGUGUGUGUGUGUGUGUGUGUGUGUGUGUGUGUGUGUGUGUGUGUG